AGAUACAGCCGGCUGCAGCAUCACUGUUCCCUUUGAACAAACAGACUCAUCACCAGACAAGACAAGACCCACUGGAGGCAGUAAAUCUGUAAAUCUUCCCACAGCAGAGAUGAUGCCAGUCUGUACCGUCCUGGAGAAGCGUAACGGCGAGGUGGUGGGAGCUGAGCUGACCUGCACUGUACGGGAGGAGAACAGGGCUCAGAGGGAGAGCUACAGCGCCGACUGGCACAGCGUCAGCCUCAAGACUCAACCUCAGGACAGGCAGACGAUGAACAUGAAUGACAGCUCUCGGAGGGAGACCCUGACCCGGCAGUGGCAGGCCCGCUCGCUGGUGCAGACCUGCCCCUCUGGUGUCUUCAGGGUGGGCACGGUGGAAAGAGGGGUGAGGGAGCACCAGCUGCUGCCAAAGAGACACACCCUCCCCUUGCCCAUCUUCACUCCCGCAGAGCUGGGCGUCAGGCUCGGGCGAGGAGCCCCACACACCGAGGAGGACCUGCAGCCCUUCCCCACCCCGGACGGGGCCUGUCCCAGCAAGAGGACCGUGGACGAGAUCACAAGAGACCUCCCCCCGGUCAAGCCGACCCUCAUGGAGUUCGCCAAAGCACCCAAAGCUCUGGGUCGCUCCAUGUCCCAAGAGGCCCAGAGAGGGUGAAAAACAACAAGGGCUGCUCGGGAGAGACAGAGGGUGACAGCUGGGAAAGGCUAAUCAGUGUGUCAGGAAAAAGCAUGACAUGGUGUAUAUAGAGUUAUCUGUAGUGACAUUCAUCUAAAAACCUAAAUACUGUAGAUCUUUAGCACUAUCUGUGUUUGUAGGUGAGCACAGCACCAGGUAAAUGUCACGCUUUGUCACUGCUGGCAUCUGGUGGUGAGUGGCAUGAGAAAUGGUUGUGUGAAGGCAUUGUGACGGAGAGGCAGCGUAUGUGUUCUCAUGGGCUGAUCUGUGCCUGUGCUGUCCCGGCUGUCCUCACCAUGCCUGCUGAUGUCCCAGCAGAAUCACUGCUGCACAACCACUGCACGCACUGGUGCACCUCAAGCACGAUGCAUGCGAUUUCUCUUGCCUUUAUUUUGCAUUCAAAAGAGCAAAUAUCCUCUGGAAGGUAAAAUGAAAGUGGAUUAUUUUGAAUUCAUGUAAGAGGUGGCGAAGGCUUGCGAGCGACGGAUUUGGAAAAUGACACGCAAAAGGAGGAGGCAGGUAUUAAACUGUAGCAGGGGAUGGAAAGAAAGAGGGAGAGUCCGAGGGGACGGGGAGGGGAGAGGGGUCAGGGAACAUGCCCCGGAGCUGGUCAUCUUCCAGGCCUACACAUGUCCUUGACAGUCUCUGAUCUCUGUGACAAGUACAGAAUGCUCCGGCGUAAUCACACACUGCAGCUGUACAUACGUGUGUGUGUGUGUGUGUGUCUCUUUAUGUGUGUGUGUGUGCAGACUGACGCCUCUAAUCAAGAGGACUUAGAAAAACUAAUAACCUGCUCUUUACUGAGUAUUAACUGAGCUGCCUCGCUAGUUGAGUGGCAGCUGAAGAUAUAUAUAUAUAUGUACAUAUACAUAUACAUAUAUAUGAUAGAGGAACAUAUACUGUAUUAACUGACAAUACAUAGUGUUGUAAAUGAAUUUGAAAUGUGUGCAAUAAUGUUGAAAUAUUUUCCUAGAUAUUUAUUAUUUUUAUUAAUAAAAGCCGAGCUGCUCAUCA